AUGGCAGGGAAAUCUUUUGCGUUAACGUUUCUACUUUUCCUUUUUAUCUUAACGGUGCUUCUAUGGAAAUUUGAAACAAAUUUCUUCGGCCCAAAAGGUAGUUCGCUGGUUGUGUAUAUCAACUCCAUAAGAUCAACGAAAGAGACUGCCAAGCGGGAAAUAUCUACGCUCAUGGACUCAAAUCUAAAGACCAACGAAAAUCGUUCUUACACAAAAAACUGCAAUGGCUCAUCGUUUACUGGUCGACAUAUUUUCAAGUUAAGCUAGAUUUACAUCUUUCUUGGAAGCAGGGAGACUGCCCUGUGGCCUGCGAGGUGUCAAGUGAUCAUUCACGAGCGAAUGAGGCAGACGCCUUUGUAGUCCAUGCGCGAGAUUCGCACAUGAUACCUCCAAAUAAAUCCGUACCGUGGAUCCUUCAAACACAAGAAAACCCUGUGUACACUCCCUCUCUAACCAAUCCCAAUUUUAUGUCAAAAUUUAAUCUGUUGCAAAGUUAUCGCCUGGACUCGGACUUCCCCGAUCCAACUUUUACAAAGCCAAAUGUGACACCACCAGUUCCCUUUAAGGACAAAGAUGGACUCAUUCUAGCCGUAUUUUCCAACUGUGAACCCGUGCGGACGGAAUACAUGAGACAGUUGAUGAAGUUUGUGCAGGUUGACUCGUAUGGAGCCUGUCUAAGGAACAAACAAGGUCUAGUCAACAGAUAUGGUUCAGAGAACGGGAAAGAAUUCCGAGAAGUCAAAACUGACCUAGCCAGAAGAUACAAGUUCUCUUUGGUGUUUUUCAAUCAGGAUUGUGAUUACUUCGUGGACGCACAACUAAGUCAUGCUCUGAAUGCAGGCUCAGUUCCCGUGGUAAUGAGCACAGACAAACUUGACGAGUUCCUGCCAGGAAAUCUCAAACGCUCCGUCAUAAGAGUUCGUGAUUUCAAAAGUCCACAGCAACUGGCGGAGUAUCUAAAAUACCUUGGUAACACUGAGGCAGAGUACAACAAAUUCUUAGAGUGGAAAUGGAGAGGUUUUGGAAAUAUCACUGACACUGUUAUUGGAAACUUUUGGUUUCCGAAAUAUCCACUUUAUUGUCAAAUUUGCGUAGCUCUUUCAGAGCGCCGAGUACACAAGAAUGGCCUCAAGCCAAUUCCGUGCAAGUCAAGAACUUUUAACGACUGGGGAAUAAAUAGAGAAAUCUAG